AAACUCCCACCACUCCUGCGCCUCCCUGUCGAACUCCACAAAGACAUCCUCGACAUCCUCAAACUCGCCCCAACGGCCACGCAAAGUAUCCUAUGUCUGCGUCUCGUGAACCGCUACUUUUACACCCUAGUCCCAGCCCCAUCACAUGCAAUGCUGCUGACCGCGGAGCGCGAAGUCUGGGCCUGCAGGCUUUGCCUCUAUGCCUGUCGUUACUGUCUCCGUCUCCGAAAAGGCGGAAAUUUCGCGGAUGCUAUGCUAAAAGGACGUACGGGGCUGAAUGGUAAAGAACCUGCGAAACGAUUUUGUGUGGAUUGUGGGCUGCAUCCGAGGCCUGGGGAGACGCGGUAUUCGCCGGGUGCGGAGAUUGUGGUGAAGGGGGAGCGGAGAGUUUGGUGUAAGAUCUGCUCGCAGGUUAAGAAGGGGGCGGAUGCGAUUGGAUGCACGGGGGUUUGUGGGGCAUGCCAUGGAAGAAAUGGGUGCCGGUGUCAGGGGGAGGGUAGGUUGCAGGGG